AUUUAUUUAAAUCAAUUAAGAAUUGAAAAAGUUAUGGCCCAAAAUAUGGCCAGGUACACAAACGGCCGGUACACAAUGAUCCCCUACCCUAGACAAAAUAUCCUUUUAAACAAAAAAACGUUUUGGCGCAAAUAAAAUAAAGUUUUUGGCAUUCUGUAUUUUGGACACUUGAGUCGGAGAACUGAGGGAAAAUUUUCUUUGUUUUUGGAUUUUUCUUGAAAUUUUUUUGUAGAUUUCGAAAUUGAUUUUUGUUUUUUUUAGAUUUUCACAACUUUAUUGUCUUCAUUUUACAACAUUUCAAUGGAUGUCUUCGAUGUUCUACAAGGUGUUAUUGCACAAAAACGGAAACAAAUUGACCACAUUGCUAUUGAAACCUCGAAAGGCUCAAAAAUGAUAAAACAUUGUGAUUUAUUCAAAAAAGAGAAGGAAGCCUAUUUAGAAAAACAAAAACAAUUGGAAGACGAACAAAAACUCGCCAUGACCAGCAAAAGCGUUGAAUUGUCAAUUGAUGAAAAAAUGUCUUCAAAUACUUCGGAUUUUAUGCCUCGAAGUGAAGUAAUAAAAAAAUUGAGGAUUAGAGGUUUGCCAAUUCGUUUGUUUGCGGAAUCGGAUGAGGAGGCUUUGAAGAGGUUGAGGAUAGAAUUGGAAAAGCCUGACUUUAAUGUUGGAUUGAAAAAUGAUUUUCAAGCGGCUUUGUUGCAAGUUGAGAAUGAGGAGGUUAUGGAAAAGAUUGCUAAAGGAACGAAUAAUACAAAUGAAGCGGAGAAGUUAAACAUUGUAAUUGAGGAAACGGAAGAGGAUGCUACUUGGGAACAAAUUCAGAAAGGAGCAUCCUCACUUGGAGAAGGUGAUGACAAUAAAGAUUGUGAUUUAAUUUUUGCAUUUAUUAAUUAUAUUAUGAAGCGUUGGGCAAAGGAAUUGAAUGCUCGACCAGAACAAAUAAAAAGAAGUCCGGCUGGGAAAGUACAAGCUGGAAUGCAAAAACAGACAGUUGAACAUAUGAAUCCUCUUGUUAAAUCGUUAGAGAAGCAUUCUGUGAAUUCUGAUAUUAGAGCACAUUUAACUACUAUAACUAGAUUUUGUGUUCUAGACAAAGACUAUAUUCAAGCCAACAAUGCAUAUAUGGAAAUGGCUAUUGGAAAUGCUCCAUGGCCUGUAGGUGUUACUCGUUCAGGUAUUCACCAACGUCCAGGAUCUUCAAAAGCUUAUGCUUCUAAUGUUGCACAUGUAAUGAAUGAUGAAACACAACGAAAAUAUAUUCAUGGACUUAAACGUGUAUUAUCUAAAUGUCAAGAUUUCUUCCCUACGGAUCCGAGUAAAUGUGUUGGAUAUGUAAAGAAGCAUGGAUAA